AUGAGACCACAGCAGAAACUAAAGUUACUUCCUCCUAAUAGAAAAGAGGAAGAUGCUUUGAGUUCCUAUUUACUGUUCUCACUUCACUCUCUCUCAUACUCGUACACACACAACAGUGGCGGCACUGAAGCUUCUCCUCUCCCAAGCUCGCCGCCACCAUUUCCUCUUCAAACACCCUUGGCGCUUCCACUCCCCAUUCUCCGUCACAUCUCACAGACCCCUAUCUUCUUCCUCGCCACUACCACAAUAUCAACAAGACUCACCGAACCCACCACAAGACCCUCCUCAAAGGAGACUCUCCUUCCAAUCCGUCCCAAUCCAUCCCGUUUCCUACCCUCUCAAACCCAAAGACCCGGCGCCCCAACAAAACGAAUCCCCGGAGCCUCAGUUCCUCGCCGCCCGGUGGAGGACAUUCGGUACGUGAAGGAUGCACCUUCGAUUGAGCCGGUUUCUUACGCUCCGAGAGUGGCGCCGCCGCCGGAGGAUAAGGUCGGCGAUUCGGGUGUUGUGACCGCGGAAGAGAGGAAUGAGGAAGCGGAGAAAGAGAGGAGGAUGCUUGAGGUUGAGGAUGAGAUAAGGAAGAAGAUGGAGGAGGAGAAGAUGAAGGUGCCUUUUCCGAUGCUGAUCAUGCCCAAGCGCAAUGAGACUCCCCCUGUCCUUGAUUUGAACGAGGCCAUUCGCCAAGUUAAGGUCAGUGCCAAGGCAAAGUUUGAUGAAACUGUUGAAGCACAUGUAAGAUUGGGUAUUGAUUCAAAGCGAACAGAAUUGGCAGUUCGUGGUACUGUGAUUCUGCCUCAUGGUGCUCCAAAGGCUGUCAGUGUGGCUGUUUUUGCAGAAGGGGCAGAAGCAGAAGACGCCAGAAAUGCUGGAGCUGAUAUAGUUGGUGGCGAAGAACUUAUUGAGGAGAUUGCUAGUGGCAAUAAUAAACUUAAAGUUGACAAGUGCUUCUCAACUCCUGGAAUGGCACCUCAUCUUGGAAAGAUAGCACAAUAUCUUAGAAAGCGCAGGCUGAUGCCAGACAAGAAACUAGGUACUCUGACUAGUGAUAUUGCUGGUCAACUGAAAGAACUAAGGCAAGGCCGCAUUGAGUUUAAGAUAGAAAGUAAAUCAAUUUUGCAUAUUGGACUGGGAAAGUACUAUUUGCAGGUAAGCUACAAAGAAGAGGCUUUACGAGAGAAUAUUGGCGCAUUUAUGAAUGCUGUUUUGCUUGCCAAGCCUGCUGGCUUAAAGAAGACUUCCAAAUAUGCUGGGUAUGUGCUUUCUGUCCAUCUAAGCAGCACGAUGGGGCCAGGAGUACCUGUUUCAAUACAAUCGCUAUCCAAAGCAGCCAUAAUUACAGGAAAGUGCACGUGGUAUGAGUCAGUGGAUGAGGUGCAGUUAUUAUGGGCUCUCAACAUGACUUGUGAUAAUAUGAGAUGUUAAACAAGAAUUGGAAAGUGCCUUUCAAUUGGGUUUGAAGAUACGCUAAUGUUGUUUCUGACUGGCUGGCCAAGACAGGAGCUAAGAGUGUUUAUUCCCUAUUUGAUGUGGGUUCGGCUGAGUGAGGAUCUCUUGCAGAUUCUGAUAAAAGAAUUUGCUGUUUAGUUUUCUGUUGUGUUCUUGCUUUGUUGCUUGUUUAGAUUUUCUUAGACAUGAAGAAAAUACUACCAUGGGAUCCCAACCUAGUUAUAACAUAAUCAUAUGUAUGCACUUGUACGAAUAUAUAGAAGAGAAACAUUCAAGGACCAUCAGAAUUUAUUUUUUUGGC